AUGAGGAACAACUUCCGCUUUUUAUAUAAAACUCGAGAAAUACGCCCCACAGAAGCUUCAUAUAGUAAUAACGGAAUAGAGGAAGAUGGAGACAUUUCGAAUGAUAUGCACGAUGACACCAUCACAAAUGAUGAGAAUGCAGAUGAUACAGAUACAGAAACGGUAGUGGAAGCCUCUGAAGUACCACAAAACUUGAGCACUCCGAAAAUCAACAGAAAAAGAAAGAAAUCUAAUAUUGAUGAUAAAGUUUCUAUGUUUAUCGAUGCUACAUUGAAGAGGCAGAAAGUGAAAGAGGAAACAAAUACCAAAGAAAAUGUUGAUGACGACAUGGCUUUCUUUUCAUCGCUAUUACCAACAGUGAAAAGCUUAACAAACGAUGAUAAGCUUCAGUUCCGGAUCGACGUAUUGCAGCUGCUACGAAAAUAUAAGGCGAAACCUCAACGUACAGCUAAUAUACAUCAACCACCAUUUUCCAGUCCUGGAAAUGAUUAUUCACAUGACAAUAAUAAUUAUGCAUACAGUAGUCAGAGAACAUAUAUGGAAUUAGGUUUUAGGCCCAGCAGUUCAUCUACUGGAUCAUAUUUUUCGGAAAACUCGAGUGAAUGA